UGACCUUUGCGUUCCCAGGACGAAGAUACGACAGGGAAGCCAUCAGCCGGACAUCAUGAAGACAUCAGUCAGCCCGGUGGAUGUCGCAGUCGGACUGCUGGUACCAGUAGUUGUGUACCUACUAUUUGUAGUGGCCAAGUUCCUGUGGAAUUAUUGGCGGCUUUUUCGUGUUGAGCGACAGUUUCCCUCCCCUCCCUACCACUGGCUCUACGGCAACAUGCACCUGACGGACGGGUACCUGGGUGAGAGGUACCUGUCCAUGAUCCGCGAGGUUGUGAGGAAACACCCCCGUGCACACUCCUUCUGGCUGGCUCCCUUCCUAACCGUCAUCCAUGUAACCAUCAAGCAGCUUCUCAAGACUUCCAGUAACGGCCUGAUAGUGAGUACCGGUGACGUGUGGAAGGUUCACCGCCGUCUCCUCACGCCUGCCUUUCACUUCGAUAUCCUCAAACAGUAG